AUGUAUGAUCUCAAUGUGGUUUGGCCAUCUCAGGAGUAUACCGCUCCCACCCCAGCACAGUUGGAAAACUUGUACAACACUAUAUCAAUGCUUCAUUCCUUCGGGUAUAAUUAUCUUGCUAUCAACUUCAUAGUUCCAGAGAGUGUGAAGCUUCCGCAAAGCAAAGCGCAGGCGCUCAACCCCAUUCCCAUGGCUGAUCUUCGACACCGGUUCAGAGGCUUCCCGAAAUUAAGGUUAUUCUCUAGAAUUACGCUCGUUCUUUCUGACCCGGCCAAAUGUCAGAGUGUUCUGAAGAUCAACAAUACUGGCGCUUUUGAUAUUGUGGCCGUUCAGCCCAUGACGGAGAAGUCGCUUCAACUUACUACUGCCAACCUCGACAUCGACUUGAUUUCUUUGCCAAUGGCAACAAGAUGGCCGUUUUUCUUGAAACACAAAACUGUAGGUCAAGCUUUGAGCAAAGGUAUCAAAUUUGAGCUCUGCUACAGCGGUCUCAUCGGGGGCCCUGCUGGAUACCAGAGCGCUUCUGCUUUAGGUGUUACUGGAAAAAUCAGCCGCAAACAGUUCCUCUCAAACUCGUUGCAAUUGAUCAGAGCUUCUCGUUCACAAGGCUUGGUGUUAUCUAGUGGUGCAGCCGAGCCCAUGAACGUGCGUAAUCAUGUUGAUAUUCUCGCAAUAUUCAGUCAAUUAGACCUCCGGACCUCCAAUUGCAAAGAGGGGUUCAUGAAGAACCCUGAGGCUGUCUUAAUCAAGGGAAGACUACGAAUCACAUCCAACAAGCAAACUGUUAUGCUCGGUGGCCAUAGCGCUGACGGUGAAACACGGGGCUCCAUAAUGCUUGAAGGUGAGGCAUCAAAUGCAUUGAAAUCGUACAAGCGAAAGCGCGAGGAUGGAGAAGAGAACGCAAAAAAACAAAAUCUACAAUAG